AUGAGUCUGUCGAUUGGUAACGAGAUCAAAGAUGGGUUCAAAGAGACCUAUGAUUGGGUGCAUCAGAAUAUCAAGUGGUUGAAGGACACCGAGCAGUUCUAUCGUGAGAGAGCAAAGCUGGAGAGGGAGUACAGUGAGAAGCUAUCAAAGCUUUGUGGGGAAUUUUUGAACCGCAAGAGUAACAUCAGUGUUACCUUAUCUGUUGGUGAGAAGCCAGCGACGACACCAGGGUCCCUGGAGGCUGCAAGUGUAGUGGCAUGGAAUGAGAUUCUAUCGCAGACAGAAAAUAUCGCCAAGGAUCAUAUGCAACUGGCCCACGAGUUGGACGGUGAAAUUGGUGGUCAAUUGUCUGGUUUAAACUCCAAACUGGACAUUACAUUGAAUAAGAUUCAAGGGUUCAACACUGAAAUGGUAGAAAAGAAGGACGGUAUCUUUAACGAGAUGGAGAAAGCUAAGAAGAACUAUGAUGAUGCAUGUAGUAGCAUGGAGGCCACAAGGAACAAGCAUACCAAAAACCCAAGUGAGAAAAAUAAGAGAAAAGUACAAGAGAAGGAGACAGCAAUGAAUAAUGCCAAGAAUGAGUACUUGAUAAAAGUUAAUCAGGCGAAUAGAACUAAGGAUAAAUAUUAUUUCCAAGAUGUUCCUGAAUGUCUUGAUCUGCUGCAAGGUUUAAACGAGUCUAAGGUAUUAUUUUUGAAUGAUAUUUGGAAGAGGGCUAGUUCUUUGGAGAAAUCAUUUACUGAAAGAGUUAACAAAAGAUUGGAUGCAUCAGAUAGUGUGGUAGUUCAAAAUAAACCUUCCUUGAAUACAGCAAUGUUUAUAAAGCAUAAUGUUAAGCAAUGGCGCGAACCUCCUGAUUUCCAAUUUAAACCCUCCCCAGUGUGGCAUGAUGACGAGAAAUUCUGUGUACCAUCACAAUUAGAGGCGAAUGCUUUGGUAGUUAAACUAGCACAGUCCGAAAGUGAAUAUCUAAAAUACAAUGAUCUGGCACAAGGAGAGCUAUCGCAAUUAUCAGCAUUGAAUAAGAAAAAACAAGAAAUGGCUUCCAAUGAAGAUAAUAUAAAAGGGAACGAGUUCUUUGAAAUUCUAAAAAGCUACUUAGCUCUAAUUUCACCAUUCACUUCACAUGAAACAUUGAAAUUACAAGCAGAAGUCCAGAUCGAAAGUAUACAAAAUAAUGUUCCUGAAGAGUACGAUCUAACUACUACACAUAUCGAUACAUCCAAGAAAAAGAAAGGUAUAUUCAGUAAACUGAAAGAAAACUUACUAAACCCUGAAGCAAGGCCAUCUUCUCAUGGCCAAAGUUCUACUGUAAGCUCACAUUCUCCCAGAAUUAACAUUCUUGGGAACAAUAGAAACCGUAGUGGGACUACCGCUUCGACAAUGUCUGCAACGUCAUCUCGGACUGAUGGUAUGCAGAGCGUAGCAUCGCCUACAAGAGAGCAAUCUAAUAAAAACAGAGUCUUAUAUGCGUAUGCCGAACAGGACACAGAUGAAGUGUCCGUCAGUGUUGGUGAUUCCUUUACUGUUAUCACAGCAGAUGAUGGAUCUGGGUGGACUAAAAUUACCAACACUACUACUGGUAAAUCUGGUUUAGUACCAUCUAGCUAUAUCGAAAUACGUGAGGAAGCUUCUCACUCCUCGAGAGGCCCUCCACCAGCGGCUCCUCCUUCAAGAAGAACCACUCUUCCUGUAAGAACAAUAACUGCACAAUACGAAUACACUUCACAAGGAGAUGAUGAACUAAGUUUGGCAGUUGGGGAUGUUGUAACAGUAUUAAAAGGUGACGAUGGAAGUGGUUGGACGUACGGUGAGUUAAAUGGACACAAGGGACUUGUACCGACAAGUUACUGUACUUAA